AAAAAAAUAUAAAAAAUACCACAUAAGUAAGGGGUAGGAGCGAGAUGCAGAGUCAAAGGGUUAGAGCGAGAGGAGCGGCGACAGGGGAGGCCAGCGGCACCAGACAGCGACAGAGGCUCAAGCGUUGGAUUCCGGGGGUCGAUCAAAAGCUUUUAGGACAGAUAAAGACCUUCUUCUUCUACAAUUUUCCAGAAAAUUGUGAGGAGAAAGACUUAUGGUAUAGCUUUCAGAGGUACGGGAAAGUAUUAGAUGUUUAUCUGCCAAAGAAGCGAGACAAAUGGGGGAAAAGAUAUGGAUUUUUGCGUUUGUUAGGGGUACAGAAUGAUAACCAGAUGGUGAGAAGACUUAAUGACAUCUGGUUUGGAUCAUACAAGCUGCGAGUGAAAAUUGCAGAGGAGCGAAGCAAGGGGAGAGUAAAGGAGGCAGAGACAAGAGGCAGAAAACAGCACAGAAUAGACAGGUUAGUACAACCAGGACAGUCAUAUGCCCAGGUGGUUAAAGGGAAAGAACAGAAGUCGCAACAUCCGCUGAUUCGUGGAAGAACAAUGGAAAGGGACCAAAGGGCCAUUACUCAUAGGAAAAAGACGCCAAUUCAAGCAAGACAACAAAAAAGGAAGGAGGAAGUGGCAUCAUGCGACACAAUAAAAAUCAAAAAUCGGAUGGUGGAGAAUCUGGAAUUGGAAACACAGGAGGAAGUCAUGGAAUUUAUACCAGAGCAGAGUGAACUUCAAUGGCUUGAAGGGGGCAUGGUGGUUAUCGUCAAAUCUCUAUCAAUAAUCAAUGAAAUCCAACAGAGGAUUGACGUAGAUGGCGGCCUGAUCACUUUAGCACCAUUAGGGGGCAGAAGGGUGCUGUUAACUGAAAAGGAACCGGGAUACCUAUUGGAAUUUAUGAAGCUCAAUAAAGAAGUGUUAGCUUUGUGGCUUGAAGACAUCCAAUCAUGGGAUAAGGAUGUAAAGGAACGAAGUAGAAUGGGCUGGAUACGUAUCUCUGGUAUCCCUCUGAAAGCAUGGAGUGAUAGAUGCUUUCUAAUGAUCGGAGAAUCAGUCGGAGAGGUGAUCAAGAUCCAUGAAGAUACAAAGAUGAAGUCGAUUUUAUGUGAUGGGAGAAUGUUAGUUAUAUGCUCUGCAAAUCAAAGGAUUUCUAAGAAAAUUAAACUGAAGGUGGAAGAAAAGCUGUAUGAGAUACGAGUGGAGGAAGAAGAAUGGCGAUCCGACCCAGAUUGGUGGUUGUCAGAUGAUGAGCGGAGGGGUGAGUCACUAACGGAGUCGGAACAGUCCUCGGAACAGUCUUCGGAGCACUCUUUGGAGCAGAUAGAUGAGGAUGAUCAGGAUUGGGUAAACUUCGAAAUUGGCGACGAAGAGGACGCCAGCAUUGAUGAGGAGCAAUUAAUGAAGGAGGGACGUUGGAAUUCAAAUUCAAAAUUCAUAUAUACAGAGGAAGAAAGGGAGAGGCGGCACACAGAGGAAGGAAAUGAGGGUAGAGAGGAUGUGGGUAAUGGGCCGACCAAAGACAGUGGGCCGAAGACAACAAAAGUAAUUGGGCUGGGAGAAAGUGGACUGAAAGAAGCAGAUGGCCUGGGAAGGAACCUAAGUCACGGACAGAAGAUGAAGAUUAAAAAGAAAGGGCCCGAGGAGACAAAAGAUGAGGGGAUGUUGCCAAAAUCAGAUCUAGAUCUGAGGAUACUAAGAAGCAAACGAAGAAGAAAGCUGGAGGAAUGUUACCCAGAGAGUUUAGCAAAAAGCUGGCCAAAGAAGGUGCAGGAGACAAAUACAAGAGCAAAACAAGGACACAAAGGGAGAGCAGAACCUUCAACGGGGUCAGCGAAUAAGGUAACUCUGGUUGGUAGUUGUUCAAUUUCUGAUGGAUGCAUUGCAAAUAGAAACAGGGAGCUUAGAAAAGAGAUGAUCUUGCAUGAGGUGAGGAAGAUGUUGAGCGUAGGGAAGAGGCUGGGAUUUCAAAUCAACGAAAAUGAAGAGGAAAUACAGUCUCGGUUAGUGGAGUUGGAAGAAAGGGAGGAGGCAGGGGAUCGACAGGGGGGCAUGGGUAGUGUGUUGAAGAGGAAAGAGAUUGGUAAAUUGGUGAGAGAGGAACGACCUGAUUUUCUAUUCCUGCAAGAAACUAAGUUAGAAAGGGUGGAUGAGGAUUUGAGUAGAACAGUGUGGAAUUCGAGAGAGUGUGGCUGGGUAAUGAAGGAAUCGGUAGGAGCAUCAGGAGGCUUGAUGUGUUUUUGGAACAAAAAGACUUUUGAUAAGUCGGGAGAUCACACAGGAGAUGGUUAUCUGAGAAUUUCAGGGGAGUGGGGAAUUCAUAAGGUGAAGUGUAACCUAGUGAACGUGUAUGGUUCAAGUGAUAGACAGAAGAGACUCAAGUUAUGGGAUGAGCUAAGGAAUAUGAUCACAGAAGAGGGAGGAAGAUGGUUAAUUGCGGGAGACUUUAACGCUGUAAGAUGUCUUGAGGAAAGAAGGGGAAGAACAAGGGAGAACCCAGAUAUGAGGGAGUUUGAUGCGUUUAUUCAAUCAGCAGGCUUAAUAGAUAUCAAAAUGAUUAAUAGGCGCUUUACAUGGUACAAGCCAGAUGGUACAGCCAUGAGUAGACUGGAUAGAGUUUUGAUGAAUGCAGAGAUGAGCAGAUUGAGGGGAGAUUGGGUGCAACAGGGAUUGAAACGGAACAUCUCAGAUCAUUGUGCAAUAGUGCUGAAAUCAAGAACAACUGACUGGGGACCAAAGCCAUUCCGAGUUUUGGAUGCAUGGUUACUCCAGCCAGAUUUCAAGAAGAUAAUUGAGCAGAAAUGGAAUGCAAUGGAGGUAGAUGGGUAUGCAGGGUACAAAUGCAAACAGAAGUUAAAGGGGUUAAAGGAGUUUUUGAAGGGAUGGAACCGAGAAGUAUUUGGAGACAUGGAAGUACAAUAUGAACAGGCUGUUAAACAGAUUGAGCAGGUUGAUAUGAAGAAUGAGGAGUUUGAUCUGGAGGAAUUUGAAAUUCUGCAGAGACAAGAAGGAUUUCAGAAUAUGUGGGACAUAAUGAGGAAGAGAGAAGUGAUAUGGAAACAAAAGUCAAGAACCAAUUGGGUUCGUGUGGGAGAUGCAAACACGCGGUUCUUUCAUAGAGUUGCAAAUGGUAGAAAGGCCCAAAAUUAUAUCACAGGCUUAAUGUGUGACGGAAGCUGGGUGGAAGAACCAACACAGGUUAAGAAGGAGGCGAUGAACUAUUUUAGCAAGCUAUUUCAAGAGGAUAAGUGGAGUAGACCAAAGCCGUAUGGAGUUAAUUUCAAGCAAAUUUCCACAGAGGAAAAUCAAUGGCUUGAGCGACCAUUCUCCAUCGAAGAAAUUGAGGAAGCAUUACGAAGUUGUGAAGGCUCAAAAGCUCCGGGACCAGAUGGGUACAACUUUACCUUCCUUAAAUUUGCAUGGAAUAUUUUAAAGGAAGAUUUUAUGAGCUUUUUUGCUGAAUUUUAUCAGAAUGGUAAAUUGGUUAGUGGGCUGAAUUCAUCUUUCCUUACUUUAAUCCCCAAGAAAAUUAAUUCUGUGGAAUUAAAGGAUUAUAGACCCAUUAGCUUAAUUGGAUGUGUGUAUAAACUGUUAGCAAAGGUAUUGGCUAAUAGAAUUAAAUCUGUGCUGCCGGGGAUUAUUAGUGAAAAUCAAUCUGCUUUUUUGGGAGGACGUCAGUUAGUUGAUGGGGUGUUGGUGUUGAAUGAAGUGGUAGAGGAAGUAAAGAGAAAGAAACAACAGGCUUUUGUUUUUAAAGCUGAUUUUGUGAAGGCAUACGACUGUGUGAAUUGGUCAUUUUUAGAAUGGAUGAUGGAUAGAAUGGGUUUCGGAACCAAGUGGAGAAGGUGGAUCAUGGAAUGCUUAUCAACCUCUAGAAUUUCAGUUCUAAUUAAUGGCAGUCCGACGGAAGAGUUCAAGGUCGAAAAAGGAUUACGUCAAGGUGAUCCGUUAUCCCCAUUUUUAUACUUGAUGAUUGGGGAGGGACUAAAUGGACUGGUGCAAAAAGCAGUGACAGAGGGGUUGUUUCGAGGUGUAGAAAUCGGCAGGAGGGGGUUAGAGAGUACUUUACUCCAAUUCGCAGAUGACACAAUUAUUAUGGGAAAAGCUGACACAGAGAAUGUAUUUAUGGUUAAAACAAUCCUGCGAUGGUUCGAACUGAUGUCUGGUUUACGAAUUAAUUUCAGUAAGAGCAGCAUUUAUGGAUACAAUGUGCCAGUAAGUUGGGUAGAAGGAGCAGCCGGCAUGCUACGUUGUGGUGCUGGGAAAUCUCCUUUUGUUUAUUUGGGAUUGCCCGUUGAUGGAAAUCCUGGGAGAAAGAAGUUAUGGGAGCCACUGAUUUAUAAAUUUCGAGCCAAACUCGCUGUCUGGAAAGCUGCUUCGCUAUCCUUCGGUGGCCGCCUCACUCUGCUCAACUCGGUACUUUCUGCUUUACCUAUUUUUUACAUGUCACUGUUUUUAAUUCCAAAUUCUGUGCUUGCUGAAAUGAUUAGUAUACAGAGAACCUUUUUAUGGGGAGGGGGUGAGUCACAAAAAAAGAUCUCUUGGGUGAAAUGGGAGCAUGUAUGCUAUAGUAAACUAAAAGGGGGGUUGGGGGUGUCAGACUUACGCAGGAAAAAUUGGGCUCUCUUAGGAAAGUGGUGGUCUAGGUUUGGGGAUGGUGUAGAGAGCUUAUGGAAACGGAUAGUUAAGGAGAAAUAUUAUGGGGGCAAGUGGGAGGAAGUGGACAUUACAGCAUUCGGGAAUCAGAGAAUGUCUAAAAUAUGGAGGGAUAUUAUCAAGAUAGGGGGGAGUUCUAUGAAUCUUAGAAAUAUGUUGGUGGAGGGGUUUAAGUGGGAAGUAGGAGAAGGGAAUCGAGUGAGCUUUUGGAGUGAACCGUGGGUAGGGAAUAAAACUUUAAGGGUUUUAUAUCCAAGAUUGUACGAAUUGUCUACGAACAAGGAGUGUAAGAUUAGUGAUAUGGGGGUAUGGGAGGGAGAUAAAUGGCGCUGGAAAAUGGAAUGGAGGAGAGAGAGAAUAGGAAGAGAAAAGGAUGAGGAGGAGAAAUUAAGGGAAGGAUUGGAGAGGAUACAAUUAAAGAAGAGAGUGGAAGACGGGUGGAGGUGGACUCAUGAUUCGGUGGGCAGAUACGGGGUGAAGAAUGCUUACGAUUUUUUAACCCCAACAGAGAGUGUUCUAGACAAGCAGUGGAGUAAGUUAAUUUGGUGUAAGUUAGUACCCUCUAAAGUGUCUUUCUUUGGGUGGAGAUUGUGCCUUGAUAGACUUCCAACUAAAUGGAAUAUUAGGAAGCGAGGAGUACCUUUGCAGGAAGAGGAAUUAAAAUGUGUUCUGUGUAAGGAUAAGGUGGAGGAAGUUAAUCACUUGUUUAGUAUGUGUAAGGAAGUAUGGAUUUUUUGGGUAGAGGUGCUGCAGUGGUGGGGCAUGGUGACUGUUAUGCCUAAUAAUGUGCUAAGUGUGGCAGAUAUUUUUGUGAAUGAUUUGGGUAGGAUAAUAGGGAAGGAGAUGGGUGCUUGUAUCUUCCUUGUGGCUGCAUGGUAUUUAUGGUAUUGGAGAAAUGCAGAAAGGAAUGGGCACAGCUUAAAGUCUGGAGAGGAGCGUGGCUGUUCUCCUCAUUGUGAGGCAAAACAUCAAUCUGUGUGGUCAAGGUUUCUAGACCAAUGGAGUGCAGGGCAUCGUAAGAAUCUAGAGGUGCCUAAAACGUUGCAACGAGACAUGGGAUGGCUUUAUUUCUCUGCUUAUGGUUCACGUGUUGGUUCCUGUGUGGCAGGUGUUGCAGAUGUGGGUUCAUCUUUCUAAUGUCGUUGUGUUGCUCCUAUUUUGAAUGCCUGUAAAGUGAUUGUAUUUGAAUCUCCGUGUGGGCUUGUAUUUUUGUUUGGGGAGUAUUCCUUAUACCCCUAUUUAAUAAAUUUUCAUCUUGGUU